AUGCUCACCUCGUGGCCCCCUUCGUCGAUCGCGAAUCCACUCGGAACCGCCACGCUCUCACUGGGAAACGCCAUCCACCAUAAACUUGAGCCCCGACUACGGGAAGCUGCCAAAGCCGGGUUCAAACAGAUCGACCUCUUUGAUGAAUGCUGGGCAGCGUAUCUGGAAGAGCAUGGCCUUCCCGGUGAUCAGCUCUGGGAACCAACCCUGGAUAAUCUGCGAGUCGCAAAGAAAUUGGGAGAUCUUGUCAAAUCUCUGGGCAUGAGGAUUUCGUGUACACAGCCGCUGCGGACUAUCGAAGGCAUCAAAGAUCCACUUGAGCGUCGGGCGGCUCUGGAUCUGGUAGCGAAGCGAUUCCCCUUCAUGCGCGCCUUCGAUACCGACCUCGUCUUCAUGUGCGCCAACAUUCGCACGGACGACGGGGUCACCUCGGAUCUCAGAACCGUUGCCAGAGAUCUUGCUGAGCUGGGGGACAUGGCGCAAGCCUUUUCCGAUGCAGAUAGCGGGCCGUUACUGAAGAUUGGAUAUGAAGGGCUGUCAUGGGCUCAGCGCAAUACCUGGGCUUCGACAUGGGAGGCCGUCCGCAUGGCCAACCGACCCAAUGUUGGUCUGAUUAUUGACGCGUUCAAUGUACUCGCUGUGGAAUGGGCAGAUCCGUACAAUCCCGCAGGUCACGGCCGCAUAUAUCCGACUAUCGAAGAGUCGGUUGAUGUUCUCUGUGCAUCGCUGGCGGGUCUCGUAGCGUCUGUCCCUGGUGACCGCAUCUUUUUCUUCCAGGUUGGAGACGCAGAGCUGAUGGAUCCAACAACGUUUCUGCCUCCGUCUGAUCCUCAGAUUCCCCCACUGCUGCCAUGGUCGCGAGGCCAUCGGCUGUAUCCUUAUGAAUCCUCACGAGGUGGGUAUAUGCCCACACAUCUAGUCGCGGCUGCGGUUUUGGCCACAGGGUACAAGGGACCCAUCUCGUUGGAAGUAUUCAAUAAGUCUUUGAAUGUCCCUGGUGAUCAUGUCCCAGUUACUCAUGCCGAAAGGGGGAUUACUGGAUUACGGAAGCUGGCAGAAGCCACAAAAGACAUGCCGGCAUUCUGGGAAAUGUAUAAAAAGGGGACGAUAAGUGGAUUCGCCCAACUUCUUCAGUUGUCACGGUCUGGCAAAUUAUGA